GCCUGGGCGGGGGCUGCCGUGGCUGCGGCAGGAGGCGCGGGCGCGGCGGCUGGCGCGGCGGGCGGCUGCGCGCUGACGGCGGGGGGCGCGGCGGGCCGGGCGGGCGAGCGGGGGAAGAUGGCGGAGCUGGGUAAGAAGUACUGCGUGUACUGCCUGGCCGAGGUGAGCCCGCUGCGCUUCCGCUGCACCGAGUGCCAGGACAUCGAGCUGUGCCCCGAGUGCUUCUCGGCCGGCGCCGAGAUCGGCCACCACCGCCGCUACCACGGCUACCAGCUGGUGGACGGCGGGCGCUUCACGCUCUGGGGGCCCGAGGCCGAGGGCGGCUGGACCAGCCGCGAGGAGCAGCUGCUGCUGGACGCCAUCGAGCAGUUCGGCUUCGGCAACUGGGAAGACAUGGCUGCUCACGUGGGUGCUUCCCGGACUCCCCAGGAAGUGAUGGAGCACUAUGUGAGCAUGUACAUCCACGGGAACCUGGGGAAGGCCUGCAUCCCCGACAGCAUCCCCAACCGGGUGACAGAUCACACCUGCCCCAGCGGAGGCCCCCUCUCGCCCAGCCUCACCACCCCGUUGCCCCCGUUGGACAUCUCAGUGGCCGAGCAGCAGCAGCUAGGCUACAUGCCACUGCGGGACGACUAUGAGAUCGAGUAUGACCAGGACGCCGAGACACUCAUCAGCGGGCUGUCCGUGAACUACGACGACGAUGACGUGGAGAUCGAGCUCAAGCGCGCCCACGUGGACAUGUAUGUGCGGAAGCUCAAGGAGCGGCAACGCCGGAAGAACAUCGCCCGCGACUACAACCUGGUGCCUGCCUUCCUGGGGAAGGACAAGAGGGAGAAGGAGAAGGCGCUGAAGCGGAAGAUCACCAAGGAGGAGAAGGAGCUGCGGCUGAAGCUGCGGCCGCUGUACCAGUUCAUGUCAUGUAAGGAGUUUGACGACUUAUUUGAAAAUAUGCACAAGGAGAAGAUGCUGCGAGCCAAGAUCAGAGAGCUGCAGCGGUACAGGCGAAACGGAAUCACCAAGAUGGAAGAGUCUGCUGAGUAUGAAGCCGCCAGGCACAAGCGGGAGCGAAGGAAAGAGAACAAGAACAUGGCUGGCUCCAAAAGGGGCAAGGAGGAGGGCAGAGAUGGCGAGUUUGCAGCCAUUGAGAACCUUCCUGGGUUUGAGCUCUUGUCAGACCGUGAGAAGGUGCUCUGCAGCUCUUUGAACUUGAGUCCAGCACGCUAUGUGACGGUGAAGACCAUAAUAAUCAAAGACCACCUCCAGAAGCGGCAGGGAAUCCCCUCCAAAAGYCGCCUUCCCAGUUAUCUGGACAAAGUCCUAAAGAAAAGGAUUUUAAACUUCCUUACAGAAAGCGGGUGGAUAUCCAGGGAUGCCUCCUGAACAAGGGUGUCCUGGAGCGUCCCCAGACACUUCUAAGGCUGGAGCGAUGCUCAAGUAGCUUGUGAGCCAAAUGGCAUGGGGGGAGGGGAGAGGAACCCCCUUUUCCCCUGUUGCUCUUUUUAAACAAAUUGAGUUCCUUUUUUUAAGAUGUAAAAAUCUUUUCAUGGUUCUCUGAAAGAAGCAAUAGUAACAAUCUUAUAUUGGAUCAUGGGGGAGACAAAUAUGUUUCUAUUUUAACUUGGUCCUAAAAGUAACCCUUGAAGAUGAUGAUUUGCCUUUGCGUGUUCCGUUUGGAGACUGUUAAGAGAUUGGAUGAUUUCCUUGUCUUUCCUGAGCCGCCUUCCCUUCGGGUGCAAAGCUGUGAGUGCAGGGAGUGACAUUUUCCUGCUGGGCCGCCAGCCACCCAUCAGCUUUCCCUGGUGACACAAGCUCUUCUCAGGCAGGGCUGCUAUAGGCGCCCCUUUUCUGAGCCCAAUGAUGCCCCCCCCCCACGACACCCCACAUGGCCCGGGGCACAAGGCACUUUAUAGAGGGGCCCAUGGGACGCAGACCUGCCCCUGUGUAACAGAUGAAGAAGAUGAGGCCAGAGAGCACCAGGAGGUUUCCUUACACACUUGAGGAAGAAGCCUUGUUUACACAGUUGAUCACGUAAGCCUCCACUUAGCUGUCAGCAGCGGCCAAGUGUGAGUUUGCAGCUCCCAAAUCCCGCCUCUUUGUAGUCUGAGCCCAGCCUGCUGCCCACUUGGGGAUAUCCCCUGGGUGCAUCCUUGUCUUGUCCCAAGGAUGGGAACCCUGGAGUUGGAGGGUCACAGGACUAGUGGGAACUGCCUGGCUUCCGGGGGUGCCCCUUGCUGCUGUGACUACUUGUAGUGCAUUUGACUUGGAAGACCCCAUUUUAAAGAGUUCCAGGCCAAGUGCUCAGGGUUCUGAGUUCUGGCAUUAGCUUCCUCAGGAUUCUUCUCAGUUACAAGUCCUCUUCUCACAGAAAGCGAUGACCGUGCUAGCCCAGCUAGGCGAAUUAUUUAGUGCAUGGCCAGGCCUGCUCCCGUUGGCUGGGCAGAGCCAUAGUUCCAGCCCACACGGGCCCUGGCAAGUGUGGCGGUUCCCGGCUGUGUCUUGGGGCUACUGUGCUGCUUCUUGCUCGCCCUCUUGCAUCUGACUCAAAAAUGGCUCCUUCCCAGCCCAACCGAAAAGCUCGUUUCUGGGGCCUUCUUCAAGGACGUACACGGUACCUUCCUUUUAAACUUGAGGAAGUCGCUUGUCUUCCAGCUGCUCAGGGUUCUUGUGCCCAGACCCUGCUUUAGAGUCCCUGGAUGACCAUAGACCCCAUUCUCCCUGAACUCAUCCUGCCCCUGUGCCCCCAUAGGUACAAGAGCCUGUUUACCUCCCAGAAUAUUUGAGCUUGAAGUACAUUAAAGUGAAGUUAUUCAAAGGAAAAAAAAAACCCUCCUCAUUUCCAAGGACGAC